UUUUUUUUUUUCUUUAUUGAAAUCUUUCUCUCUCUUUAUUUUUUUUGAACCCCCCCUCUCCUCAUUUUUUUCCUUUUUUUAAAAAAAAUAUAGACUUAUAGAAAUGCUCGCUUCAGUUGCAUUAAAACAGGCUGGACGUACCAAUGUUAUCGCCAAAGUGGCUUCUGUCACCCAAACUCGUUCCAUGCACGAUUUAACUUUAAGAAAGAAGACUGGUGAACCCAUGAUCAAGUACGGUAUGGGUGGUAGAUCUUCUACCAACGGUCAUAUUGCUACCGUGUUUGGUUGUACCGGUUUCUUGGGUCGUUAUGUUGUUCUCAAGCUUGCUCAACAAGGUACACAAGUUGUUAUUGCCAACCGUGACCCUGAUGAAGCCAGACAUCUUAAACUUGCUGGUGAUUUGGGUCAAGUCAUCCCCUUGGAUUUCAACUUGAAGGAUAAGGAUUCUUUAGUCGAAUGUGUUCGUCACUCUGAUAUUGUUUAUAACUUGAUUGGUCGUGAUUACGAAACCAAGAACUUUACUUUUAAUGAUGUUCAUGCAGAUGGUUCUCGUCGUUUGGCUGAAGCUUGUGCUGAAAAUGGUGUUGCCAGAUUCGUUCAAGUCUCUGCCAUGAACGCUUCUGAAGAUUCUCCUUCAGCUUUCCUCCGUUCCAAGGCCUUGGGUGAAAAGUACGUGCGUGAAAUCAUUCCUGAUGCCACCAUUGUUCGUCCCGGUACCAUGUGGGGUCACGAAGAUCGUUUCUUGAACAGAAUUGGUGACAAUGACGGAUGGCAAUAUUAUGUCAAUGAGGGACAAACCAAGAUUCGUCCUGUUUCCGCUAUUGAUGUCGCUCAAGCUCUCAACAUUAUGUUGACAGCCGAGUCCACCAUGGGUAAGACUUAUGAGCUUUAUGGACCUAAAGAAUAUCAAGUUAAGGAAAUCUUUGAUCUUGCUCGUGAGAUUUCAAUGAAGCCUCUUCCUAUUCGCGCUAUCCCUAAUACCGUUACCAAGCUUAUUGCUACUCUUAUGGAUAAGUUGCCUUAUAAUCAAAUGGUCAGUCCCGAUUUGAUCGAAAGAAUGAAAUUGGAUGAUAAGAUUACACCUGGUGCUCUUACUUUUGAAGACCUUUACAUGAAGCCAGUUGCUUUGGAAACUGUUGCUAUUCAAUUCUUGAGAAGAUUCCGUAGUAAUGCUGUCUUUGAUCUUCCUUAUGAAAAGGGAGAUGGUCAAAUCCAAAAGGGUGUUUACCAUCUUAUUGAUUAAAGAAAGAGAGAGAGAAAAAGACGUUAAAUUUUUUUUUUCACACACACACGCAAACACACACACACACACACACACAUUUUUAAUAUAUAUAUACUUUUUUUUUUUUAUUA